AUGAGCCUUUUACCUCGAGGCAGGGGAUGCAAUGCGAAGAGGUGGGAACUCAUGGCGCGUCAGCCCCCAUGGCGUGGUGGACGGGCACAACGUGCAAGACAGACACAUGAACGCGAGGGAGCAUGGGAAGUGAGAUGUCGUCCCACAAGCACCGGCCGUCUCCGUCUGGGUCAGGAGAGAGGGCCUCGUUGUGUCGAGGCUGCUGGCGGGCUACACGAUGACGAUGGGGGGUUUGGGAAGUUUGCGGACGAGUGUCGUACGACGGGGGGAGCAGCAGACGCCAAGGAAGGGCUAGUACUGAAAGGGGGAAGGGGCGGGUACAAGCGGGGGGAAAGAGCAAAGGGCAGCCGCGGGAAGGUGCACGUCACCACCGGGCGGUCCUUCCCGAUUCCCUGCCCUGCCCUGCCCUGCUCUGCCGCCUGUGCAGGUCAUGGCAUGCCAUCAAUGCCCUUGGUCGUUCGCUCGCUGCUCGUCCGCCCGCCUGGCCUGUCCUGUCUUGUCCAUAUGCCUGCCCGUCGUGUCCACCAUCCAAGGGAGCCCCGCCGCGGAGAGGGCGACGGCGGCCCAUCGCUCUGCGCCAUCAUUCCCCCCCUUGGCCCCCCACCCCCUCUCUGA